CAUCCACCUCAAGCUAGAGGCAUGGUCUCUACGAGUUACUGGACGGCCAAGGGCCGAGCGUUACGACAAUGGACCUGCUCACCCCGAGGACUCUUUGUCGCCAUUUUCUGUAUGCAUUACUUCGCGUGGAUGGGGGUUCACAUCUGGUUACUUGAGAUCCCACCACAAAGAAUGUGCCACCCCACCUGCGACGCCGACAACUCCCCCCGCCAGAAGUGGGUCGAGAUUACCUUGCAGGUCAUGUACGCUCAUAAUUACUUCCCGGGCUUCGCCCUCGCCAUUUGUAACACUCGGAACAUGUAUCUGUGGAGUCGCUGGAGACUGGGUGGCUCGCUCCGCACGCGCCAGAAGGUGUUGGCCACUCUCGCCUGGAUCCAUGAUUGCUGGUUCAGGCUCGAUGAUCAAGUCUCCUCCGCUGCCACCGAAUUGCUGAAUGAGGAGGAGCAACAGCAGCAGCAGCAGCAGCAGGUGGAGAAGGAAGAAGACGAAGAAGCAGUGGGACCAGGAAGACCACCGACUCCGAUGUGGAAGAUGGACGUGGUGGUCUGGAGCUAUGCACUCAAUUCCGUUCGGAGUCUGUGUCUCGCUGUGUGCAUGUGGGCGCUGAAUCAAUCGAACAGACCCUACUGGCUCCCGAGCUGUUUGGCACUUCUCACGGGCGUUGUAGUAGCACCUGGGGGCGCGAUUAUCAGUUCAGAGAAGAGGCGAAUGCGU